AUGGAACCCGUGGCCAGCAACAUCCAGGUCCUGCUGCAGGCGGCGGAGUUCCUGGAGAGGCGCGAGAGAGAGGCGGAGCACGGCUACGCGUCCUUGUGUCCGCACUACAGCUCCCGGGCUGUCUACAGGAGGAGGAAGCGACCCCUGCAAACUCCUGGCGCGCUGAACAGUGGGCGGUCUGUGCACAAUGAAUUGGAGAAACGCAGGAGGGCCCAGCUUAAGCGGUGCCUGGAGCAGCUGAGGCAGCAGAUGCCCCUGGGGGUUGACUGUACCCGAUAUACCACACUGAGCCUGCUGCGCCGGGCCAGGAUGCAUAUCCAGAAGCUGGAAGAGCAGGAGCAGCAGGCCCAGCGGCUCAAGGAGAAGCUUCGCAGCAAACAGCAGAGUCUGCAGCAGCAGUUGGAACAGCUCCAGGGGCUGCCGGGGGCUGGAGAGCGGGAACGGCUGCGAGCAGACAGCCUGGACUCUUCCGUUCUGUCCUCUGAGCGCUCAGACUCGGACCAAGAGGAUGUGGAGGUGGACGUGGAGAGCCUGGUGUUCGGGACUGAGAAUGAGCUUCUUCAGAGCUUCAGCCCUGGCCAGGGCCUCAGCUACUCACACAGCACCAGUACCUGGCUAUGACGGGGGGGCUGCCCAGAGCACCCUUUACUCCCUCUGGACUGAGCCUGCCAGGCAGUGGCCCCACACAAGUCCCAAGGUCUGCUUGGAGCCACUGUUGGAGGAGGCCAUAGAGAGCCUUGUGUGGGCACAGGGCUCUCUGGACUCAGCUGCAUAGCUUGAGCCCCGGCCACCCUCCCCAUUCCCCAGGGCAUUUUAAGUAGCCUUUGGCUCUGCUUUGCUGCCCACCACGGGACAGGAAGCCUGUAGACCUCUUGUUCCUGGGAAAAGCCCCAGGCCUCUCUCUGCCCCACAUAUACUGCAAAGUAUUUUCAUUAAAAUCCUCUUUUGU